GUAUAUAACCCUCUCCGACCACCUCUCACCUCUCAGCUCAGCUCUCCUCCCCAUCUCAUUCCUCUUCCAAUUCCUUCCCACCGACUCCGCUAGAAUUCCCCCACCCACGGCGCUGUAACCGACUGCUACGCCGAACGGACGUCGUCCCAUUCCCUUUCCCAUUCCUACUCGAACGUCAUAUCACCGCAACAGAACCAUAUCCAUGAUGCAACAACCACCGUUGCAUGUUCUUCCUGGCCCCGGCAUGUCUGGCGGCACGAUCCAAGGCGGCCCGGUCCACCCGGGAAUGCAGGGUGCACAUAUGCCCGGCCAGAUGGCAGGCCAGAUGCAAGGGCAGAUGCCAGGACAAAUGCAAGGGCAGAUGCAAGGGCAGAUGCAAGGGCAGAUGCAAAGCCAGAUGCCAGGACAGAUGCCAGGCCAGGUUUCGGGACAGAUGCCAGGCCAGGUUUCGGGACAGAUGCCAGGACAGAUGCACGGUGGGAUGCCCGGACAGAUGCCUCCUGGAUAUCCUCAGAUGCCAAUCCCUCCCCAACAGUCUCGAAGACCUCUCGCUCCUCUAGAAGCGAUUCGAGAUGGAAAGAAAUUCAGCUUGCACAUUGCACAGCAGCCCGUUCGCGCACGAAUGUGCGGCUUUGGCGAUAAAGAUCGUCGACCCAUCACUCCUCCUCCAUGCAUUCGUCUCAUUAUCACGGACGUGAAGACUGGAGAGGAAAUCAACCCUGGGGAUAUUGACUCCACGUAUUUCGUGCUCAACGUUGACUUGUGGAAUGAGGAGGGCACCCAGGAAGUGAACCUGGUUCGCCAUUCAUCCAACUCCCCUGCGGUGUCGAUCAGCACCUCUACCGUCUGCGGAUAUCCCCCUCCGCCAGAGCGUGCGUACAUUGGUCUCCUUAAUCCCACGCAGGUCUCAACCAUGGGGUCGGUCCACUCCCUUCCCCCUCCCCCGCACAUGGGAUAUGCGUCGGCUGGAUCGGGGCCACAGGGAUCAAUGCCGCAAACCCCCCAGCAUGCCAGCCCUCAUCCUGAUUAUCCACAGCACUAUCAACAACAACAAAGCAUGCCUCCAACUCCGACCGCGAUGACCCAAGCGGGAGGUGCACCGCCUCAACAACAACAGCAUCAAAGCGGGAUGCAGAUGGGCUACCUGCAGGCUCAAAUGCCGGCCUCGCAGCCACCAGGCUAUCAGACCGUCCACGCAAUCCCGAUCCCGGUCAGCCAGCAGCAAGUCGGCAUGUUCACGCGCAAUCUUAUCGGCAGUCUUUCUGUCAAUGCGUUCAAGUUGAACGACACCGAAGGCCAUGUCGGCUUCUGGUUUGUGCUCCAAGAUUUGUCGGUCCGCACGGAAGGGGGAUUCCGCCUCAAGAUGUCCUUCGUCGACGUCGGUGACGGACAUGGGAACCUGAACACCAGCAAGGCGCCUGUGCUAGCAACGGUGUACUCGCAGCAGUUCCAAGUGUACAGCGCGAAGAAAUUCCCCGGGGUCAUCGAAAGCACCCCGCUCAGCAAGGUCUUCGCCGGUCAAGGCAUCAAAAUUCCCAUCCGCAAGGAUGGCCCAAAGCGGGACAACCAGACGGAAUAUGAUGCUGAUGAUUGAUUCUCGGCCGCGUAACCCGCGUGGAAGUUAAGAGAAUUUCCGAGAAAGCGGCACUUUCGAGCUUACAUUGAGAGCGACGGAGCAAGGAAAAACAUGGGGUUUCAUUUGGGAUAUUUGCCAUGCGC